GAUAAAUCCUCGUCGGAAAAUUUAAUCUCUCUGUAAUCUUUAAUCUCCGGUGACGUUUGUGAAUGGUGGAAACUAAUCCGAUAGGUGAUAAUCUUAAGCUCACCCUUUCAACAAAAAGGGCGAGCUUUUACAUCAUCCCUCUCUCUUCAGACUCUGUUUUCGCUUUCGGUUCUUGCAAAGAAGGCUGUGCUGGUCCGAUCCGGUUCGUUGCUAAUGAAAAUGAUCUUGUUGCAGAUGUGAUUGAUACUGCUUUGAAAUGUUAUGCUCGUGAAGGUCGUCUUCCGAUUCUUGGUUCUGAUUUCAACGAUUUUGUUUUUUAUUGUCCUAUGGUUGGACCUGGAGCUUUGCUUCCAUGGGAAGCAAUUGGGUCGGUGGGAGUGAGGAACUUUAUGUUGUGUAAGAAACCGGAGGAGAAGAAGGUUGAGGAAGGCAAUGGAAGAUCGAAUUUUCCGAAGAAUGGAGCUAGGAAAGGAGCUGGUGGAAGUUUUAAGGCUUGGAUUAAUAAAUCUUUUAGUCUUAAAGUGACUACUCAUUAGAGACAUAUAUGUGUGUCUUCUUGUUUCUUUGAAUGCUCAUGAAUUUGGUUUGUGUCUUUGUUCUUUGAUUUAUCUUAUUUUUGAACUUUUGAUUUGUUUUUGUUUCUUAUGAUGGUUUCAGGAAAUAAAAGUUUCAAGUUCUU